GCCGGCUGGCUCGGGGCCGCCAUGGGCAACCUGUUCGGCCGCAAGAAGCAGAGCCGGGUCACCGAGCAGGACAGGGCCAUCCUGCAACUGAAGCAGCAGCGGGACAAGCUGAGGCAGUACCAGAAGAGGGUCACGCAGCAGCUGGAGAGGGAGCGGGCCCUGGCCAGGCAGCUGCUUCGGGAUGGCAGGAAAGAACGGGCCAAGCUGCUGCUCAAGAAGAAGAGAUACCGGGAACAGCUGCUUGACAGGACAGAGAACCAGAUCAGCAGCCUGGAAGCCAUGGUUCAGAGCAUCGAGUUCACGCAGAUUGAGAUGAAGGUGAUGGAGGGGCUUCAGGUGGGGAACGAGUGUCUCAAUAAGAUGCACCAGGUGAUGUCCAUAGAGGAGGUGGAAAGGAUCCUGGACGAGACCCAGGAGGCGGUGGAGUACCAGCGGCAAAUUGAUGAGCUGCUGGCUGGGAGCUUCACCCAGGAGGAUGAGCAUGCCAUCCUGGAGGAGCUGAAUGCAAUCACUCAGGAACAAAUGGAGUUACCAGAGGUUCCGUCGGAGCCUCUCCCCAGCAUAAACCCAGAAGCCCCUGCCAAGGCCAGACCCAGGCAGGCAGAGCUGGUGGCAGCUUCGUAAUGUGGCCUCUCCAGGGACUCACAGGGAUUCCUUGAGGACUGGCCCAUAGAGCCUUUGGCUGCGUGUCAACCCUGCGGGCUCCCAGGAAGCCUGAAGGACCAGACUGGCCAGUGCUGGUGCUGGUGGCUGAAGCAGCAGCGUGCACGGCCCUAUGCCAGGACCCACAACGCGCCCUUCCCAGCUGAGUCUGGAUGCUUCAUUAUCUUGCUCUCAUUCUGGGUUAAGUGGACACUCCAAGCCCAGCCAGGCCUGGCCUCAGGCAGCUGUGGUUCCCAUGGUGGCCACAGCCCACCAUCCCUGGUGCUGUUGUCAUGGCUGCCCAGCCCGUGUGACCUGCGCUCUCCUGUGAGGAAGCAAGCGCCUUCAGACCUUGGUGUCCCACUGCUUCUUCUCUUAUCCCCGCUGCUCGCAUGAGCUGAUGGGGGGCUUCAGUUACGGGGUUCUUACCUCGCCUGGCAUCCUGACGCCCCUCAGGUUGCUGUAGGCUAGUGGCAGAAACCCUAGGAUACUGGUGUCCUCCAAGCCCCUCGGAGCCUCUUGUGUUGGGGGAGGUGGACCAGGGCCGUGCUGCUGAAUGGACAAAUCGAGGAGCCUGACUUGGGAGUCUGUUCACAGAAGAAAGUCAUCUUGAAGGUGGUGACGAGACCCUGUUGCCAUGGCGUGUGCCCCAUGGAGUCCUGGACACACUAGGCUGCCAACCCCCUGGGCACCAGGAGGCACAGAGCUUGGGCGUGACCUCCAGAGCCCUGGGCUGGUUUAUUACAGACAAUCUGAGGA